GGUGAUGGGGGCGUGGAGGGAGGGGGCGGGGUGGUGCUUCUGCUCCGGCGGGGGAGGAGGGGGGAGGUCGGAGCGGGUCAAGGCGGCGAUCUUCUCGGCGAAGGCGGCCGCGCUGGCCGCCGUCGGCGGCGGGACGGGCGUCCUGAUCCACCGCAACCUGCUGCUCACCACGCACGGCAGCCUGCCGUCCGCCGCCGCCGCGGAGGACGCCGAGGCGCUGCUCGGGCACGCCCGCCUCGCCGCCCGCCUCGUGCCACACAGAUUCUUCAUUACUAGCUCAAUACUUGAUCUUACAAUAGUUGGUCUUGAUCCUGCGGAGAAUGAGACAAAUGUGCAGGCUCAGCAACCUAACUACUUGAAAACAUGCUGCAAACCAAGCCUAGACCAUGGAAGUGUUGUUUACCUUCUGGGUCAUACAGGAAAGAAGGAACUGGUGAUUGGUGAGGGGAAGGUAGUAAUUGGCACAGACAACCUCAUCAAGCUCUCAACGGAUGGAGUUACAUGGUGCCCUGGCUCUGCUGGUUUUGAUGCCCAAGGGAACUUAGCCUUCAUGAUCUGUGAUCCCAUGAAGUUGGCCUCCUCCCCCACCACAAGGUCAUCUUCUACAUCCUCAUCUUCAUCACAUUCAUCAAAGAAAGAUCACCGAAUGCAAUUUGGCAUCCCCAUAUCUGUAGUUUGCGAUUGGCUGUAUCAGCAUUGGCAGGGCAACUUGGAUGAAGUUAGCAAGCCAAAGUUGCCCCUUGUUCGAUUGAUGUCCAGCAGGAGCGAUCAUUCAAGCACCUCCUUCACUCGUCGACAUGUGUUCAAGCCUGCAGACGACGAGAACGAUGAUACAUCUGUUUCUUCACAAGUAACUUCAAAGCAUAAACAUCAGCAGGGGUCAGGAAGCUCGGCCAAUGCAAGGAUAUCGCAUGAUGCAAACCCUCUGGUUGAUCUACGCACAAACAAUGAGCAAGGCGUUUCUACUCCAGAGAUAUAUGAAUCACCCCGACAAAGUUCUUGCCAAGGCCAGAGAGAUGCUGGGUCAAUUCAACCGCUGGACAUCAACUUCCCUCCUAGCGCUCCGAAGACCAUCUUUCUACCACUGCCCCUGAAGCAAAUGCUUUCUGAUGAGAACAAUGCGGAUACUUCCAAGCCUACAAAUCAAUCUAGAGACAACGCCUUUCCAUCGGGGAUAAUAUGGCACCGAAAUUGUGAGGCUCAUUCAAGGGAGGCUCCAGUAGCUCCUCUGCAGGAUGAUUGCAACAGUGAGGGGCAGUCGAGCUCAUCACCAGUUGAGCUAUUGGAGUAUCGAAAUGAAGACCAAUUCAGUAGCGAGGAGGAAACUAUGUACUCGGCCGAAACCAUGGAGAGCAGGAAUAUUCCAAGCCCCAGGGAGAAGCAUGUGGGGAGGAGCCAGAGUUGUGUCACCUACAGCAGGUGGAGCUCUCCAAGGACGUCGACGAUGCAGAACGGAACCCUGAGAAAGCAGCACACACUGGUCCCUGUGCGCAAGAGUCACUCACAGUACACUGCUCUGCCACAGAGAAGUCAUGACUAUUUGAGCCCAACAGUAUCCUCAGCUAUGAAGAAGAGGAACUCAAUGGAACAGCAGCAGCCGAUAAAGCCCAGGCGGAGCAUUGUUCAAUCUUCUCCAAAAUGGAUGUUCUGAUGGUUUUCUCCUUUCGGUUUUCGGGUGGAAAUGAUAGUGCAGCAUCAGCACAACAUGCAGACUUUCGGUGGGAAUUCGCUGCUCUCAUGUUUUUUUUUUCCGCUGUAAGUCGAUGCUCUCUUCCUUGAUUCUUUCUCUACGGCAUUGUGUGUGUGUGCAGAAUGACUUGGAUAAAUAAAGGAAAAAAAAAGAAAGAAGAAAGAAAAGAGAAGUCCAACAUUAUAGAAGGUUACAGGUCAAAUGUUUUCAAGGCAUCAAGCCUGAGCUGUUUGCAAAGUGAUGUAUUUCGUUUGUAGGCUUUCUGGAUGUAAAUUGAUAUAGCUUGUACUGUA